UUGGUCAGAAAAACCUUAGCUAAGCCCUACCUGAAAUUAAAAAUAGUUCUGAAUUUUUCCUGGCCCCGAAUUCAAAAAAAUUUUCAGCUCUUCCCCAAUCACACGUUCACAAUUUACGAUGUCAACAGCGCUGACGAAGGAUUAUAUUACUGUAAUGUUAGUAACAAAUAUGGAAUUAAUCGAGCAACCAAUCGACUUCAAGUCUACAGUACGUUGUUUUUGUUUUUCCUUCGCAGGUUUUAUCUGUAAAAAGUGAAACUAUUUUUAGUGCAAGCGAAAAACAAAUAAAAACAAACAUUUUCAGAACCCACAUACUUUGUUCGAAUUCCGACACCAAAACGACUUGUUCUGGAGGCUGGAGAAACUGCGGAAGUUUUUUGUGAAGCUGUCGCUGAUCCCAGAUUGCCUAUCAAAUAUCAGUGGACAAUUAAUUCGAAAUUGUUGAAUGGAUCCGAAUUUUAUGAGUUAGUCUAACUUCUUGGAUUGGGUUAGGCUUAAGCUAACUUGAACUGAGCCUAAGCUUAGCUUAAAGCUAACCGGAGAAUCCUGUUUUUCGGCUGAAGUGUCAUUUUUCAGCUCAAAAUAAUAAAAUUAUUAAAUUAAACAUUAUAUCCCGAUCAGAAAAAAAUUCCCAAAAUUUUUCAUAUGAAAAUUUUGAAACAGUAAAUUUUUGAAAUAUUAAAAUCCGAAUUUUUCUAACUCAAGCUUAACGUAAGCCUGGCCUGAGCUUACCCUUAGCCUAACCUAAGUCAAAUACAAGCCUGACCUUAACCUAACCUUAGCCUAAGCCUAAGACUAACCUAAGAAUAGCCUAACCUUAGCCCAACCUAAAUCAAAUCUCCCGGAUGAGAUAAGUUUGUGCAAUUUUUUAUAUUUGAAGUCUGAUUCAAAAAAAAAAAAAAAAAAAUCUAGAAUUCUACAACAUAAGAAUAGCCUAACCUAAGACUAACCUAACCUAAUCUUAGCCUAACCCAAGCCGCCAAACAAAACUCUUUUCCAGAAUUCUUCCGGAUCGCCUCCGUUUCCGAUCAGUUCGAGGUCGUCAUUCCGGAAUCAUAGACUGUGCCGCAAUCACCGACGUCGAUGUGAAACUAGCAUCAAUGCAAUUAAUCGUCAAAGAUGUUCCAGCUCAUCCAAUCGUCGAACCAGCUCAUUGUUCCGAAAGAAAAGCGACAAUCAAAUGGGUUGCGGCUUCAGAUCAUGGAGAUGCGAUCAAAAAAUAUGUGGUCGAAAUGUUCACCGAUUUUCGAAAAGGUGUUUGGGAAAUUGUGAAUGAAGAGAUCAAUGUGAAUCUCGAGAAAUUUGAAGUUGAUAUCACAUUGACGCCAUGGGUUAAUUAUACGUUCAGAGUUAUUGCGAUUAAUUCGCAUGGAAGAUCGGAUUUGAAAAUUGAUGGACAACAAAAAGAGGAAUGGUUGAGUUGUCAAACGCGGCCCUCAUUUCCUUACACAAAUCCGGUUGGAGUAAAAGGAGAGGGAACUGAACCCGAUAAUUUGGUGAUUUAUUGGAAACCGUUGGAUCGAUAUUAUUGGAAUGCGCCGAAUAUGCAAUAUUUGGUCAAAUAUAAAUUGGAUGAUACGAUUCAUGGAUGGACGGAGUUUUUGGUGGAAGAUUCGUUGGCGGUUAGUUGGGGGCGCAUUUUUUUGUGAUGUGAAAAUUCAGAGCCUGAAAAAUAUACGUUUCAAAAUUUGGAUUUACUAGAAAUUUACAAAAAAAUCUGAUAAAUUUUCGGAUUUCCUUUUUAUCAUCAAAAUGUGUAAAAUUUUUCCUAAAACUAGAUUUGGCGCUGAAAAAGUUCAUUUCUAAUUUUUAAAAAAUUAAAAUAUGUGUUUCUAUAUAAAACAGAAUUUUCCCGCCUAAUUUUUUUCUGGCCUGAAAAUAUACGUUUCAAAAUUUGGAUUUCCAAAUUUUUGAAAUUUCAAAAUUAAUAAUAUGAAUCUAUUAUAUAAAAAAUAAAAUUAUAAUUUUUUUGAAGUUAAAUCAAUUUUGAAUUGAAAAAAUUUUGUUUUGGAAAAUUCUUGGUUAAAAAAAAAAACGAAAAUUGAGUUAUUCAAAGAAAUUUGUUUCCAGAAAAAUAUACGUUUCAAAAUUUGGAUUUUCUAAACUUUUGAGAUUUGAAAAUUGAUAGGCGGUUCCAUCUUUUGAAAUUAUAAUAUUUUUGAAGUUAAAUAAAUUUUGAAUUGAAAAAUUUUAUUUUGAAAAAUCCUUGGUUCAAAAAAGCUCUCAAAACAUAUCAUCAUAUUUCAAAAAUAAAUUUCCAUUCCAGAACUUCACAAUAAUCCGAGAUCAGCCAACAUUCCGUCGAUAUUUAAUACAAGUUCAAGCAGUCAAUUCAAUUGGUCCCUCAAUCGUCGAACCUGAAAUAUUCGAAGGAUGGUCAGGUGAAGAUGUUCCCGAAGACCCCCCUCAAAACUUCCGAAUCGAGAAUCAUAUCAACUUCACAACACUAAACUUCACUUGGGAACCUGUCGAUGAAAAGACUGUGAAUGGACAUUUCUUGGGAUAUGAGUUGGAAUUUUGGAGAAAUUCGAAUCCGCUGAGAAAAUAUUCGAUUUCGCUGCUGUCGAAUGAAACGUUCAAAGUUGUCAAUACUUUUCAUGCUGUGACAAAUUAUAGUGCACAAAUUCGGACGAGAAAUAAGAGAUUGAGAAGUGCGCCGAGUGAUGUUGUUGAAUUUGCCAUGCCUGAAGGACGUGAGUUAUUUUUUUCAUGAAAAAGACCUGGGAGGCUUUUGUGUAAUUGCGUAGUGUCGUUGCAAAAAUUGAAAAUGUUUUUGAAAUGAAUUAAGAGUUGAAAAGUUUUUCUAGGGACGACUACUUGAGAAAUAGGAUCUGUAAGCGCUAAUCCUUGAUGAUUGAACUUCAUAGGUGCAUCUCCUUCACUACUAGAAGAUCUAGUAUUGGUUGCUUGACAUACAUGAGCUCUCAAGCCGCGGAUGCUUGAAAAUCGAGUUUUAUAGGAGCGACUCCUUGACAACUAGAAUUUAUAGGGUUGACUACUUGACAUAGAAGCUCUCAAGACGCGGUUCCUUGACAGAGUGGAUCUCUAGGCGCGGCUCCUUGACAAUCGAUCUUUCUAGGCUCGACUGCUUGACAUAGCAGAUCUCAAGGGGUGGCUCCUUGACAGCUACGCUCUCUAUUUUAUAAGGCUCGGCUACUUGACAACUAAACUUUAAAGACUUGAAAACUAGCAAUUCAAAUUCCAUUUUUUUUUUUCAGCUCCUGGAAAAGUCCACAACCUACGUGUGAUUUCUGUCGGAAGCACUGCGAUGUUAUUGAAAUGGGAUCCACCAAUUCAACCGAACGGAAAAGUUCGAGGAUACUUUAUCACCUUCACCAAUGAUCGAAGUGAGUUCCAGUUUUUGAACUCUGCCAAAAAUCACCGAUUCAAUUUUUCCAGACGAAACUGAAGAGACCUACGUCAUCCACAAACAACGCCACUAUUUGCACGAGAAAAGUGAGGCGGACACGGGCUACAAAGUGUCGGUUUGGGCUGAGACUCGAGCUGGCGAAGGUCCGCCAACACUUCGACCUGUUCGAACUUGGCCACCAAGAAAACCUGACAUUCCCGUUUUCCGAGUGCGAAACAUCUCGUUGGAUCAAUUUACGGUGGAAUGGAUUCCGAAUAAUUUCAGCACUUGGAAAAUGCCGGGAGCCGCGUUUUAUUUGAAUUAUACUAGUGAAGGAUCGACGGAAUAUUUGCAAUCUGAAGUUGUGUAUUUGCCGGAUACAAGUGUGGUUAUUAAAAGUUGGUUGGGGUUUGGGAUGUGGGUUGAGGGCUUUAGGAAGAUUCAGGGGCUUUGGGAGGCUUAAGGAGUUUUUAGGAAGCCUUGAGGGCUUCGAAAAGGUUCAUGAGGCUUCAGGGGGCUCUUGGAGGCUUCCGGGCGUUUCCGUAAGCUUUACGGGCUUCAUCGAGCUCCAAAGGUCUUCCGGAAGCUUCAAGAGGCUUCAUGUCUACUUCUGAUCUGAACAUUUCUUCCCCAACUCUCAUAUUUUCCAGACUUGCGAGAAGAUCAAAAAUAUUUCAUCCAAGGAGUUGCAAAAGAUGGUCCGAGAUCCACCGAAUCUCAAUUUCUACCAAUUCGAACAAUGAAUCGAGACUAUGCAAAUCGACUAAAAGAAGAUUCCCUGAGAAAUGCGGCGUGGUUUGUUGCAGUUCUGGCUGUUCUUGGAAUUGGUCUCUGCACAAUCUGCCUCACUUUUUGCUGUGGAAAUCGCAAUCGAAAUCGCGAGAAAUUCGCGACUCGCAGGAAAGAAAUCGAAAUUGGACAUCAACAGGAUAAUGAAGAAGAAAAACAGUUUCUCGAGUAUCAAUACGGGUUUAAGAAUUGA